AUGACCACUGAAGACAUUGCUUUGGGAGUCGAAAACAUUUUUUGGGCCGGUCGUUUCGAAGUCAUCGAUGAUGGCGACUCCCAAUGGUUCCUUGAUGGGGCGCAUAACACAUUGAGUCUGGGACAGGUUGCCGAAUGGUACUCGAAAAGCCUCGACCCGCCACCUGCACAGAAAAGUCGGGUCUUAAUAUUCAGCCACUAUUCGGAGGAGCGUGACAGGGUGGAACUUGUGGAGCACCUGGCUCGCGCCCUCGUACACCAUAGUGCAAGGCUGAAUCAUGUCAUCUUUACCACCUAUGACGAGACAGAAGACGGCUCCAAAAGGAUCGGCAUGUUCAUCCCCAGUCACCCCUUUACGCAGCCGAGCUAA